AUGGCUACGGGGUUCACGGCCCGCCUGCUCGGCUGCGUGGUGGCACUGCUGCUGCUGUGUCCCGGCGCACGCGUGCAUACCGUACUUACCGACGGCGAAAUUGAAGAGUUUCUCGUGGGCUUUCUGUCGGAGCCACAGCAGAAGCCCGGGCAGGAGGACAAACAGCCGCCCAUCCAGGACACGCGUGAUGUUCUGGCGCGAGGCAGGGAGGCACGGCCCGAGGCGGCAGCCAAGGUGCCUUUGGAAAAAGCAGAAGACAAAGGAAGGAAAGGGAAGAAGGACAAAAGUGUCAAACCAACCAAGCUACCCUUAAAUGGGUCCCCCAGACCACCCAAAAAGCACAAGAAGAAGCCACCCAGGAAGCCCAAGGAGAAGCCACCAAAGGCCACCAAGAAGCCCAAGGAGAAGCCUCCCAGGGCCACCAAGAAGCCCAAGGAGAAACCACCCAAGGCCACUAAGAGGCCCAUAGCUGGGAAGAAGUUCACUGCCCCAGCCCCCUUCGAGAACUUGGAGUGGCCACCGACCCUGCCAUCCAAUCUUGGCUCUACAGAGCUUCCCCAGGAGGGAGGUGGGACCUUGCCAACCCCCUGGCGGGGUCCAGGAAGAAAGGAGCACCAACCAGAGCCAGAGGAGGAGCUGCCCACUCUGGACUACAAUGACCAGCUAGAGCGAGAGGACUAUGAGGACUUUGAGUACAUCCAGCGCCAGAAGAAGCCCAGACUUCCCCCAAGCAGGAGGAGGCCCGAGAGGCCUGGCCCUGAAGAAACACCUGUGCCCCCUCGCCUGGUGGUUGAGGGCCCAGAAAGGGCUGAGCAGCCUCUGCAGCCCUCACCACCCUUGCCCGGCUCCGACUAUGGCGAUGGCUACACAAUUCCUGACUAUGAUGAUAUGGAUUACUACUUCCGGCAUCCUCAGCCUCUGAAGCCAGAUGCUGAGGUGGACACAGAUGAAGAGGAGACAUUGAAGAAACCUAAAAAGGACAGCAACAGCCCCAAGGAGGAGACAGACAAGUGGGCUGUGGAGAAGGGUACGGAUCACAAAGGACCCUGGAAAAGCAAAGAGGAGGAGUGGGCUUCAGUGGAGAAAAUCAAAUGCCCUCCCAUUGGAAUGGAGUCUCACCGCAUUGAGGACAACCAGAUCCGUGCCUCCUCCAUGCUGCGGCAUGGCCUGGGGGCCCAGCGCGGCCGGCUCAAUAUGCAGGCAGGACCCAAUGAAGAGGACUAUUACGAUGGGGCAUGGUGUGCUGAGGAUGACGCUCGGACACAGUGGAUUGAGGUGGACACCAGAAGGAUCACAAGGUUCACUGGUGUGAUCAUCCAAGGCCGUGAUUCCAGCAUCCAUGACGACUUUGUGACUACUUUCUUUGUGGGAUUCAGCAAUGACAGCCAGGCAUGGACGAUGUACAGCAAUGGUUAUGAAGAAAUGAUCUUCCACGGGAAUGUGGACAAGGAUACGCCGGUGCUCAGUGAGUUUCCAGAGCCAGUGGUGGCUCGAUUCAUCAGAGUCUAUCCACUCACCUGGAACGGCAGCCUCUGCAUGCGCUUGGAGGUGCUGGGUUGUCCCCUGGCCUCUGUCUAUAGCUACUAUGCACAGAAUGAAGUGGUGGCCACAGACAACUUGGACUUCCGCCAUCAUAGCUACAAGGACAUGCGCCAGCUGAUGAAGGUGGUCAAUGAGGAGUGCCCAACCAUCACCCGAACCUACAGCCUUGGCAAGAGCUCACGGGGCCUGAAGAUCUAUGCCAUGGAGGUCUCGGACAACCCCGGGGAGCAUGAACUGGGGGAGCCCGAGUUCCGCUACACAGCUGGCAUCCAUGGCAAUGAGGUACUGGGCCGGGAGCUGCUGCUGCUGCUGAUGCAGUACCUAUGUCAGGAGUACCGGGACGGGAACCCCCGAGUCCGCAGCCUGGUGCAUGAUACGCGUAUCCACCUAGUCCCCUCGCUGAACCCUGAUGGUUAUGAAGUGGCCGCACAGAUGGGCUCAGAAUUUGGGAAUUGGGCUCUGGGGCUCUGGACUGAGGAAGGCUUUGACAUCUUUGAGGAUUUUCCUGACCUCAACUCUGUGCUUUGGAGUGCUGAAGAGAAGAAAUGGGUCCCCUACCGGGUCCCCAACAACAACCUGCCCAUUCCUGAGCGGUACCUCUCCCCAGAUGCCACGGUAUCUACGGAGGUCCGAGCCAUUAUUGCCUGGAUGGAGAAGAACCCCUUUGUUUUGGGGGCAAACCUGAAUGGGGGCGAACGACUUGUUUCCUACCCUUAUGACAUGGCUCGCACGCCAAAUCAGGAGCAGCUGCUGGCUGCAGCCAUGGCUGCUGCCCGGGGCGAAGAUGAAGACGAGGCAUCCGAGGCCCAGGAGACCCCAGACCACGCCAUCUUCCGCUGGCUGGCUAUCUCUUUUGCAUCCACUCACCUCACGAUGACUGAGCCCUACAGGGGAGGGUGCCAGGCACAGGACUACACCAGUGGCAGGGGAAUCGUCAAUGGGGCCAAGUGGAACCCCCGAUCGGGGACUAUCAAUGACUUCAGUUACCUGCACACCAACUGCCUGGAGCUCUCCAUCUAUCUGGGCUGUGAUAAGUUCCCACACGAGAGCGAGCUUCCCCGGGAGUGGGAGAACAACAAGGAAGCCCUGCUCACCUUCAUGGAACAGGUUCACCGAGGCAUUAAAGGGGUGGUGACAGACCAACAGGGACUCCCCAUUGCCAAUGCUACCAUCUCCGUGAGUGGCAUCAACCAUGGUGUGAAGACAGCACACGGGGGGGAUUACUGGCGCAUCCUGAACCCUGGCGAGUACCGUGUGACAGCCCAUGCAGAGGGCUACACGCCAAGUGCCAAGACCUGCAACGUGGACUAUGAUAUCGGGGCCACUCAGUGCAACUUUGUGCUUUCCCGCUCCAACUGGAAGCGCAUCCGCGAGAUCAUGGCCAUGAAUAGGAACCGGCCCAUGACUCCACGCCAGCGGCUUUUGCAGCGCCGUCGCCUGCAGUACCACCUGAGAAUGCGUGAGCAGAUGCGUCUCCGGCGCCUCAACACCACGGCAGGCCCACCACCUUCACCUAGCCCAUCCUCCACGCCAACCCCCAGCUCGACUCUGGAGCCUUGGAACCCCCCAGCCUUGACCACUGCCAGCUGGGAGGACCUGGAAACAGAGACCUACACAGAGGUGGUGACAGAAUUCGAGACAGCAGACUUCACACUCGAGGAAGAGCUGACCACGGGCUCAAAGCUUUCCCUUACAACAGCUGAGAGCUAUACUGUGAACUUUGGGGACUUCUGA